AAAUCAUUAAACAUUUUUAUGCAGCGAUAACUUUUUUCAGUUAAAGAUUUGGAAUUACCUGCCAUAGUAAAAGUUUUAGAACUUUGAAUAAGCUAUCCAGUGACAUAUCGCUUGUCCUUAUUGGUCAAUAGGCCAAUCUGACCCUCAUUCCUUUCAUUUCCAUAAUAAAAAUGCAAUAUCGUUAUUAAAUACGCCAUAAAAAAUAUGAUGUGUAGUGUAAAUAUUAUGCCAGCCUUACGGUUCUUGAGAAACAGCCAGUUACCAGACGGAAUGACAGUGGAGGCUUAUGGCUCCUUUACAUGAUGGCCCAGCGAGAUGGCCAUGCGAUGGUUGAGAGCACGCAUUAUGGAAUGGGCCACGUGUAGAUGCGUAACUGCGACACACUACGCGCCAGCACCGACCUUUGAUGACGAAAAACCGACACCGUGGCCAUCCCGCCGCGCCGUAAACCAUACGAUACCACUACCAUCUCUACACGCUGACCUGUAUUGGGCGGAUAUAAUGGCCAGGUAAAUAUAGAGUAUUGUAGAGGAGCCAUUAGUGAUACUUCGGUUAAGGAACCCUAAAAGCAUUGUGCUAUUUAAAAACAUGCCACGUCAAAGCCUUAAUAAUAUCAUCGACUUUAUCGUAUAGUUUCAACGUCAAUCAUGCGUACAUCACUAAAAUUGUAACCGUCGUUCGUAUUCAAAAGUUCGGUUGCUUUGUUUCGGUUGCAAAAUGUAAUUUUUUAUAAAUUUACCAAAAAUCUGCUCAAUUAUGUCGGGUAAACUGCAGGACUAUCAAGUUUUAGACGUUCUGUGCGGCGGCACGUUCUACAAAGUGCGGCACAAGGUCACCAACGACAUAUUCGCAUGGAAGGCUUACGAUUGCACUGCGUACUCUAACGAGCAGCUACGGGGCGUCGCGCUCGAUGCGGAUGCGGUAAACAAAGCCUGCGGUGGCGCUGCGGCCCUGUUGCGCGUGCACGACACGGUGCUGCACGCGCCCUCGCGCACGCUGUACUUCGUGCUGGAGCACAGCGCCUGGCGCAGCCUCGCCGAGCUCAUCGACACCUGCGUCUCUGCCGACAAGUGCGCCUCGGAGGCUUUCGUGUGGCACUUGCUUCUAGAGCUGGCUCGCGCGUGCCGGGCCCUGCAGAAUGCUAAACUCUCCGUCCUACGUGUCUGCCUCUCGCCAGCUACGGUUCUUGUCGAAGAGGGCGGUACAGUGCGUUUUCAUUGUUGUGAGCCAGCGGCGGCGCCCGGGGCGCCUACCGCUCCCAUCUUGCGGCAACUCGGCGACCUGCUAAGUGCUUUGUGCGCCGCGCCCCGCGCCGACAAGAACUCUCAAUACAGCGAUGAUCUUCUCCAUAUUAUCGGCUUCCUCAUAGAUGAACGGAAUUCGAAUCUACAUCCAGACGUCAUACUAUACCAUCCCACGGUGCUUGCUAACAUCGAAACGUUCUCACGUCCCAAACAUUUGAGUGAAAUACUUGUCUCGGUUGAUUACUCACAUUCCACAUCAGUGAACAAGUGUGACUCUGAGAAGGCUGUGGAGUUGAGCAGGGCUGUGCAACCCGCGCCACGGUCCUCGAAAUCGCAGGAGAGCCCUAUCUACUGCAAUAUUACACCAAAAAAAUAUUGCAACAAAGACAUUUUAGAGUCAAACUCGCCUCAAGGCCAGUUAUCUCCCACUAUAGCCGCCUUGGCUCUUGAGCUGCCAGGAUUCGUUCCUCGCAGCCGAAAGGCGAUAACUGGAGCCCUGGAAACAUACACUGCUGCUCAGCAAGUGACAGAAAACACUCUGAGCCAGCAAUGGAUGUCUCGCCUUAUUGCACUAAGACAAAGGGAACACAGUCUCAAUCAGAGGGAAAGAGACCUCAUUGCAAAAGAGAUUUUGAAUAGUCCUGCUACUAAGAUCAUUCCUCUGAAUGAUUUUGAGGUGCCAGACAUUAGGGAGAGUAAUGGGAUCACCCUGCCUCCUAUGAUAACACAAGCAGAGGACAGACAGUGGGUGUCGCGCCGCCACAGAAGAACUAGCUCAGCGCGUCUCAAAAAUCGGCGAAAAACGUUCGCAUACGAGGACUUGGACAGCUCUCUGUCUGCUGACAAUGGAGAUGGCAGCAUGAUCAUCACAGCCACCAAGUUCACCAAGGACAAUAUGCCUCGGAACUUGUUUCCUGAACCGGCUAAGAAAGUGCACUUUACCCCAGUGAAUCCUUUUGCAGAGAGUGAUGAAAGUGUGACUCUGACCUUCUACGAGUUAGAAAAUGUGGACAAGGAAGGCUACCAGGUGCCAAGACAGCAGGAGCAAGUGGUCAAAGACAUUUCUAAGUUCAAAUACCUAGAUUUAGAGAAGGUGACCUCUGAGAAAAGAGCAGCUAUGCCCUGGAGCCACUCAUCACCUUCCAAGCAGGCCAAGAUCUCACAGACUCUAUUCUCAGAUAUCACCAAUACAAAAGGGAAUUUAAGAAAAACUCCAUCAAAGUCGAGCAUUACUUCAAAAGGGUCAAGUAUCUCGAGAUUUUCUAUAGCCUCAAGCAAAAGCCAGUGGAGUAUGGACUCCAGUAGCAAGGCUAGUGAUGGCAGCAUCUCUGACAGGACUCGCGCGAGCAUCCGGCAGUCCUUAGCGCAGACCCCCAUAGCCCCUGAUGCUAAAAAGAAAAGCAGAAAGUCUCUGCUGCCUUUCAAGACACCAUUUAAAUUCAUCACAACUAAAAUUUGACUAAAAUAGUCUCUAUAAGGCUAGAUUUAAGAUGUAUGCAAUAUUAGUGCCCAGAUUUUAAGUAAUCAUUUUAGUGUGCUAGAUUGAUAGUUUCAAUAUUUUUUUAUAUUCUGAAUCAGUGAUUCCUUAAGCUUUUUAUGCCUAUUUGGUUGUGGUGUUUUAAAAAUGAAGUGUAUAAAACAGAGUAUUACUCUGCUUAUGUCUUCUAUAAGUUACCUCUCCUAGUGUUAGUAGUAAGUGCUGCUUCAUAUAUCUCCAGUUUCAAAUUGGAUCCAGGUUUGUAUUGUUUUAUUUUAUAUUAUUUUAAUUGUAUUAUAAUUGAGAAACGGACAUCAACCCACCCGAAACUUAGAAUAGUGAAAUUAUAUAAAUGAAAUAUAUAAUUAUUGUACAUUAUGUUUACUAAAUGCAACUAUGCAGCUUAUGAUGUUGCACUUUCUUUGCUUUUUACAUUUGGUGUAAAUUUCUUUAUUUUGCAAGUUGUGUAUGUCUAUAAAUAGAGUGCAUCUGAGGAACAAUCAUCCCAAUGAUAUCUAUGAUGUAUUACACGAAAUUUCAACUUGUUUUGAAUAUUUACAUAAGUGAUAAUGAGGAUACUCAUCAAACGUGUUUAGUCUUAAUGUCUUCCACUUGUAAUAAAUCGAGAUGAAUUCUAAAAGUUUAUAAAAACUAUUUUUAUACCUAGCAGUAUGUACAGAUACAGAUGCCAUAUUUUUAAACUAAAAUUAAUUAGAUCAUACAUUAUUAUAAGAAAAUAGGAUAAGAGAUUAAUAAAUAGAUAACUUUAAGAA